AUGAGUCUCAAGAAACUCAAGUCAGAUGUCGCGACCGCCGCCAAGAAGGUGGCUGCCAACGGCAUCGCUGGCAUUGUCUCCGUCACAAAUGGCGACUCCGACGGUGAAGUCGUGAUUAUGUACCGCCACGAGAGCCUAGCAGCCGACGUGCGUAUUCAGGCCCUUGCCCAGGACCUUGGUGACUAUCCCGACGGAAACAGGUUCCUGCUCUGGACCGACGAGUCUGACCCGGCCCCGCAUGUCGUGGCCGCCAUUAAAGCCGCCCAGGACUACCUCGUGGGCAUGUCUGUGUACGAGAUGGUGUCUGAACUGGCAAGCCGUCUCGACAAGGAAAUUAGGCGCGCCCUCGAUGGAGGCGGUGAGAGUGCCACCGAGGCUGAGCAGGGCAACGAUGAGCCUGCCCAAGAUGACGACGAUUACGACGCCGCAUACGACAGCGACUAUCCCUCUGACGGCGACGAGUUCGGUCUGCCGACGUCAGCUCCGCGCGGCUCACUCUUUGGCACAACGCCGACAGAGCUCAACAAGCCACUGCUCCAGCGCAUUAGGCGGGACCUUCGUCGGGUGAAGCAGGCUGGCUACAAAGUCGGUCUUCUGGAUGGUUUUGGGAAGGAUGACACCCGUGGCGUGGUCUCCCUCUCCAUCCGGAUCGACAAGCUGGCGAUCUCAUCGCAGGCCCUGGAGGCUUGGGACGUGAACCCAACUGAGUACCUCGUGCUCCUCCUCUGCUUUGUCAAACCAUACCAGCCUCUGGACCGCAUCUUGAACCAGCCCGUCUCGCAGACCCAGGUCAAGUUCCACGUCGGCAAGUGCGCCAGAUACAAGCCGUCCAUCAAUCACGCCCGCCGUCUGUUUGCCGAUGACUGUUCUCUGGCACUUGCCAGUUCCACAGCCAGAGCCAAGCACUUGGACUCUGACAGCGAUGACUUUCAGAAGCUCUUCAUCUCUAACUCGCUUGAGCAAUUCCUGCGCGAAAGCUUCGUCUCCCUGCUGAAGCUUCGCGAGUCCCGUGGGCUUGGCUGGGACGAGGCAAACGAGCUUCUGCGGACCAGCAUCGGCCUCUGCUCCGAAGACCAGGGUCUCCCUGAGCCUCUCCAGGGGCGUGAUUCCGGAUGCAGCUCGCCAGUGAAAGUUUCGGCGCCGGAGCACCAUGGCCCACUCGGCCGAGACCAUCUCAUGGAGAACUUACCUGCGAGCGAGCGCAGCUUCCCGCUCAUCGCAAUGCAGUUUGUCACGAGAUACUUUGUCGACUGCACAAAGUACUGCUUGCGAUGCCACAGGCGGCUCAAGGAGGACUUCGAAGCUCUGCGCCCGUACGUGUGUGCAGAUGGGCUCUGCCUGUUUCAGUACAUGGCCAUGGGACUUGGUCCCGCUAUCGAGCACGAGAUUCUCACCGAGCCGUACGUCGUUGACCUCCUAGUCAGUCUGUGCUAUGCGGCCGCCGAGCCCCAUCCGGGCAGUCUUCGGCCCACGCCCAUGCAGCAAUCAACAACGCCGCCUAAGCUCUCGAUGCGCACUCCCCCGGUCGGAUUACGUCUUCGAGUUCCACAUUUUUCCAACGCAACGGCCGAUCCCCUCAAGGCAAUUACAGCGGCGGGAAACACCCGUCUCGUGUUAGAGGAGGGAGGGGCCAGGCGUUUCGACGGUGGCCUGGCACCUGGGGGAUGGCUUGCAUUCCGCAAACCUGGGCGGACUGUGGCUCACCACGCGCGUAUCCAGGAGGUAUUCAAGGCCACUAGAACGGUCAUAAUUGAAGUAAAGGGCCACUCCGACACGAGCAGUGCGAAAUCGUGGAAUCCAGUGCCGCCUCCACCACCUAAUGCGUUGGAGGAUGGGAUUGUCGACGUUUUUCUCUAUGACACCGACUUCGACGCCCUGAGCGACGUGGACAAGGGCAUUGCCAUACGAAACAUUUUAGACACGCUCCCGCCUAUCCUCGAUAUUGAGGACUGGCUGGCCGAUCAUCCAUACAGCAGCAUCCGCGACAUGGACCGCAUUUCGCCGGCCGCAGCCUCGCUCCUCCAGUGGAUCGUGUCAUCCAACCGGUCGUGUAUCUUCCAAGUCGACCGAUCGCGCGAGGUUGCUGGACGAUGGAGGGGCCAGAUCGGCGCCUCGGCGGGCACGCUGCCUCCGGCCGGCAGGGGUAGAAACCGAGAACAUGAGCGCAUCUUAGGGAUGGACGGAUGGGUGCAGUUCCGCUUCGCGCAAGGCUCGCCGGACAAGGAAUUGCGGUUCAAUCGGGCGCUCCAAGAAGUCGCUGCACGGAAACACAUGAAAGAGAAUCCGACAAUCUUCGCAUGGCACGGAAGCCGCCUCUCCAACUGGCACAGCAUCUUGCGGACUGGCUUGGACUACCGGGACGUCACCUCCGGUCGCGCCUUUGGAAAUGGCGUCUACUUCAGCCCCCGCUCCAGUAUAAGCACCGGUUAUGCCUACAUGGGAUCACAGUGGCCAAACUCGGAUCUCAGAAUCACCAGUUGCCUGAGUCUGAACGAAAUCAUCAAUGCGCCGGACGAGUUCGUGUCUUGCACGCCGCACUAUGUGGUAUCUCAGCCCGACUGGCAUCAGUGCCGCUACUUGUUUGUCCAGACGCAGUCCUUCGGACCUUCUCGUCCUGGGCCCCAGCGAGGUCAAAACCUACCUCGUAAACAGGGACCAUUGCAGCAAUCGGCGAGCAGCCAGACAUUCUAUCCCCAACCUCACUCGCACCAGGUCUAUGGGCAGUCCGAAAAGCCUUUAAAGAUCCCGCUUUCCGCCAUCCCGCUCCGAACCAUUAACCGGACCGAUGCUGUCGCACCAGGUCCCGCGAAGCGAACGGUCCAGCGGCUGGAGGAGAGCGACGACGAAGAUGCUGAGGAAAUGGCCAUCUUGUUCAGCGAUGAUAAGCUUGACACGGCCCAGGACCCGCCGAAAAAGAAGUCCGCAUCGCGUGCCUCUAGCGUGGUCACGGCCGAGGUUGAAGACAUCGUCGCGACCGGCCCUCCGACGCCCGCUAGCAUCGAUCAUUUGCUGACCGACUUCGUGCCGGGCUCGCUAGACCUGUCGACCCUGCCCCGUCUUGCUCCCCCCUCCUUCGCCACAGACUCGGGAACCAAAUCCCUGAGCCGCGAGCUGGUGCGCCUGCAGAACAUCCAGGCCACCACGCCGCUCCACGAGCUCGGCUGGUACAUGGACUUCGACCAGGUCAGCAACCUCUAUCAGUGGAUCGUCGAACUGCACAGCUUCGAUGCGUCGCUGCCGCUGGCUCGGGACAUGAAGAAGAGCGGCAUCGGCUCCAUCGUCAUGGAGGUGCGCUUUGGGCCCGACUUCCCCUUCUCGCCGCCCUUCGUCCGCGUUGUCCGCCCGCGCUUCCUGCCCUUCAUGAACGGCGGCGGCGGCCACGUCACGGCCGGCGGUGCCAUGUGCAUGGAGCUGCUGACGGCCACCGGCUGGAGCCCCGCCAACAGCAUGGAGAGCGUCUUCCUGCAGGUGCGCGUGGCGCUGUGCAGCACCGAUCCGCAGCCCGCGAGGCUGGAUCCGGCGGUGCUGCAGAUGGGAAAAGCCCGUGGUCUACGUCAGGCUGGACCAUGGAUGGAUUAUGGCAUUGCCGAGGCGAUUGAGGCGUUUAUCAGGGCCGCGAACGCGCAUGGUUGGACGGUGCCGGCGAAUUUGCGCGUCACGGCGAAUGGGGUUUGA